AUGGAGUGGAAAAUACUUCCUAUUUACUUGUUCCUGCUACUUUCUGUUUUUUUGAUUCAGCAAGUCUCUUCUCAAGAUUUAUCAAGCUGUGCAGGGAGAUGUGGGGAAGGGUAUUCUAGAGAUGCUGUCUGCAACUGUGAUUAUAACUGCCAACACUACAUGGAGUGCUGCCCUGACUUCAAGAAAGUCUGCACUGUGGAGCUUUCCUGUAAAGGCCGCUGCUUCGAGUCCUUUGAACGAGGGAGAGAAUGUGACUGUGACUCACAGUGUAAGAAGUACGACAAGUGUUGCCCUGAUUAUGAGAGCUUCUGUGAAGAAGUGCAUAACCCCACACCACCACCAACUUCAAAGACUGUACCUCCGGCUCCAGCAGCGCCUCCCAUCAUCAAAUCAACCACCAAACGUUCACCUAAAUCACCAAAGAAGAAGACUAAGAAAGUUGUAGAAUCAGAAGAAGUAAUGGAAGAACAUUCAGUUUCUGAAAAUCAAGAGUCCUCCUCCUCCUCCUCCUCCUCUUCUUCCUCUUCAAGUAUUCGGAAAAUCAAGUCUUCCAAAAAUUCAGCUGCUAAUUCAGAAUUAAAGAAGAAAUCCAAAGUACAAGAGGACAAGAAGAAAAAAGCCCCUAAAAGGACACCUCCUCCAGAACCAUCAGAUGAAGCUGGAAGUGGACUGGAUAAUGGUGAUUUCAAGCUCACUCCAACUCCUUAUAUUCCUACCACCCAGAGCAACAAAGUUACCACGUCCCCCAAGAUCACAACAAAACCAUUAAAUCCUAAACCCAGUCUUCCACCGAAUCCUAAUACAAGUGCUGCUAAGGCCACAUCCAAAGAGACAUCUUCAACAGCCAACAAAGAAACCACAGUAGAAACUCAAGAGAGUAGUACAACAAAUAAACAGACUUCAUCUAGCACAAAAGAGAAGACUACUUCAGCUAAAGAGACACGAAGUGCAGAGAAAACAUCUGAAUUGCCUACUAAACCAACAUCUCAAGCCGAAACUAUAACUGAAGCCCCUGCUUUAACCACCACGAAGGAAUCUUCACCCAUCACUCCCAAAGAGCCUGAGACCACCACCCUCAAAAAGCCUGCACCCACCACCACCAAAAAACCUGAGGUGACAACCCCCAAGGAGCCCGAGACCACCACCCUCAAAGAACGUGCACCCACUACCACCAAGGUGCCUGACACCACCACCACCAAAGAGCUGAAGACCACCCCACCCAUGAAGCCUGCCCCCACCACUCCCAAGGAGUCAAAGAUCACCACCUCUAAGGAGCCCGAGACCAUUCCCCCCAAAGAGCCUUCACCCAUCACCACUAAGGAGCCAGAUACCACCACCACCACCAAGGAGCCCAAGACCUCCGCACCCAAGGAGUCUGCACUCAUCACUACCAAGGGGCCCGAGGUUACCACCCCAAAGCAGCCCAUAACCACCACCACCAAGAAGCCCACGACCACCCCUUCCAAGGAGACUGGACCUACAACCCCAAAGGAGUCUGUAACCACCCCCAACGAGGAAUCCACUCCUACUACCCCCGAGAGGCCUGCUCCUACUACUCCCGAGAAGCCUGUUCCUACCACUCCUGAGAAGCCUGCUCCUACCACUCCCGAGAAGCCUGCUCCUACCACCCCCAGGAAACCUGCUCCUACCACCCCCGAGAAGCCCGUUCCUACCACCCCCGAGGAGCCCGUUGCUACCACUCCCGAGGAGCCCGUUGCUACCACUCCCGAGGAGCCCGUUGCUACCACUCCCGAGGAGCCUGCUCCUACCACUCCCGAGAAGCCUGCUCCUACCACUCCCGAGAAGCCUGCUCCUACCACCCCUGAGAAGCCUGCUCCUACCACCCCCAGGAAACCUCCUACCACCCCUGAGGAGCCCGUUGCUACCAUUCCCGAGGAGCCUGUUGCUACCACUCCCGAGGAGCCUGUUGCUACCACUCCCGAGGAGCCUGUUGCUACCACUCCCAAGAAGCCUGCUCCUACCACCCCCGAGAAGCCUGCUCCUACCACCCCUGAGAAGCCUAUUCCUACCACUCCCAAGAAGUCUGCUCCUACCUCUCCUGAGGAGCCUCCUUCAACUACCACCAAGCCUUCUUCAACCCCCAAGGUUCCUGCUAAACCAACUCUUGAGUUACCUGAAGAACCCACACCAAAGAUUCCUGAAAACAGUUCUGAGGAGCCUGCUGUACUGACAACCAAGGCUCCUGAAGUGACCAAACCUAAAAUUACAACUGCUGCACCUAAGAUGUCAACGAAAAGCCCCACGACUACGACAGAAAAGACGGCUGAAUCUAAAAUAACAAGUACAACCACCCAAGUAAUAACUACUACAACACUUAAAGCAACAACUAUUGCACCCAAAGUAACUACUGCAACAAAGAAGACUACAGCUGAGACCACAAAGAAACCUGAAGAAACAACAGUUACACCAAAAGAUACUGCUACUAAUUCUAAUGGGCCGACUCGUAAGCCUCAAAAGCCAACCAAAGCACCCAAAAAGCCCAAGUCAACACCUAAAGUGAAAAAACCGAAGGCAACACCGACUCCCUCAAAGAUGACUACAUCUACUAUGCCUGAAUUGAGACCCACCUCUGUAGCUGAAGCCACUACCAGUCCUAACCAAGCUCCAAACUCAGAAAUAGUUGAAGUAAAUCCAAAGAAUGAAGAUACUGCUGAAGGAGGAAAUCCUCAUACGAUUCCCAAGCCCCCUAUGUUAACUCCUAUAGUUAUUUCAGGCACUGAUUCCUUAGUGAGAGGACCCCAUCAAGGAAUUAGCACCAAUCCAAUGCUUUCAGAUGACACCGAUUUAUGCAAUGGUAAGCCAGUAGAUGGACUGACUACUUUACGCAAUGGGACAUUAGUUGCAUUUCGAGGUCAUUACUUCUGGAUGCUAAAUCCAUUAAGUCCACCCUCUCCACCUCGUAGAAUUACUGAAGUUUGGGGUAUUCCCUCUCCCAUUGACACUGUUUUUACUAGAUGCAACUGUGAAGGAAAGACGUUCUUCUUUAAGGAUUCUCAAUACUGGCGUUUCACCAAUGAUAUUAAAGAUGCAGGAUAUCCCAAACAAAUUGCAAAAGGAUUUGGAGGACUAAAUGGAAAAAUAGUGGCAGCUCUUUCAAUAGCCAACUACAAAAACAGGCCUGAAUCUGUCUAUUUUUUCAAGAGAGGUGGCGGUGUUCAGCACUAUAUUUAUAAACAGGAACCUGCCAGAAAGUGCCCUGGAAGAAGGCCUGCUCUCAACUAUCCAGUGUACGGAGAAACGACACAGGUUAGGCGGCGUCGCUUUGAGCGAGCUGUAGGACCUUCUCAAACACACACCAUCAGAAUUCACUAUUCUCCCGCCAGAGUCACUUAUCAAGACAAAGGUAUUCUCCAUAAUGAAGUUAAAGUGAGUACACUGUGGAGAGGACUUCCAAAUGUGAUCACCUCAGCCAUAUCACUGCCCAACAUCAGAAAACCUGAUGGUUAUGAUUACUAUGCCUUUUCUAAAGAUCAAUACUAUAACAUCGACGUACCAAGCAGAACAGCAAGAGCAAUCACAACUCGUUCUGGGCAGACUCUAUCUAAAAUGUGGUACAAAUGUCCUUAG